CUACAGCAACCAUCAAUCAUCAACAUCCAGAUCUUGCAGAUCAAGAACUAUGGCAAACCUAGUUUCAACAUGGUCCAAGACAGCUCAAACCUUACCGGAAAACUACAUCUUCCCUGCUGAUCAACGUCCAGGAUCAUUCGAGAUUCCAUUAUGCCAAAAUAUCCCAGUCAUUGACCUAUCUGCCAGUCAUAGUAAAACAGUCCAAGAAAUACUACAUGCAUGUCAAGAAUUCGGAUUCUUUCAGGUGAUUAAUCAUGGGGUUUCGAAAGAUAUAAUUGAUGACACCAUGGAAGUAGUUAAAGAGUUCUUCAAUAUGCCGGAUGAGGAGAAGGAGAUAUAUUAUUCGAUUGAUCCGAUAAAAAGAUGCAAAGUUUAUACAAGUGGUUAUGAUUAUGCUAAUGAAGAUAUUCAUUUCUGGCGAGACAAUCUUCGACACCCAUGUCAUCCUUUGGACGAAUGGGUUCAUUUAUGGCCCGAAAAACCUACCAAUUACCGAGAUGUUGUUGGAAAAUACUCGUUAGAAGUGCGAAAAUUAUCGUUGAGAAUGUUGGAGCUAAUUCGUGAAGGACUAGGACUUGAACCGGGAUACUUUGGAGAAGAGCUAACUGGGGAUCAGUUGUUGUCGAUCAACCACUACCCCCGAUGCCCGAAUCCCAGUUUGACGCUAGGGUUGCCGAAACACGCUGACGCUGAUAUCAUGACCGUGCUUUUUCAAGGAAGUGUUAAUGGGCUUCAGGUUUUCAAGGAUGGUCAGUGGCUCGGUGUUGAGCCACUGCCUCAUGCUUUUGUAGUUAACAUAGGCCACCAAUUACAGAUAAUCAGCAACGGGAAGCUAAGAAGCGCGGAACAUAGAGCCGUGACAAACUCAAGGGAGGCUCGGACAACGAUUGUAAGUUUCAUCAGUCCUUGUCCAGACACCAUCGUAGAACCAGCUAAAUCGGUUAUCGACACCGGCGUACCUCGUUUUCGACCCUUCAAAUUUAAAGAUUUCUUCAAGUUCUAUGAAGAGAAAAAGAGAGACCCUGAAGCAGUGCUGGAGUUUUAUAAGAUCAAACCUUAAACAACAUAUGAAUAUCUCCUGUUAAUGUAUCAAUAAUAAUGAAACCUUUUGUCAAAUGUUUUAUCUUGUAUCAUAAACAGUUUUUGUUCAAAUGUAUAUCAUAUCUAUCAAAGAUUUUUUUAAGGUUUUCUGUU